CGGCCGGCUGCAACGUUUCUUGGUCCACUGCCGAAUAAAGUUCCACCUCUGCAGGUUGGGCCGCACGUUCCCUUUAGGCCCACUCCCGGACUGGUUACUUUGUUUGCUCGCACCGGUACCAAGCCCUGCAGCUCUAGGGCUCCAUUUGUUCGUAAGGGGUGCGUCCCGUUUGGUUCCUUUGCCGAGGUUCUGAAGGCGGCGACGGCUAUGGAGGGGAACAAUGGCAUCCGUGGGCGGGGAGCUGGCCAAGGUUCGGGCUUGGGGAACGGCAGCUUUCGGGGUCGUGGAGCUGGCCAGGGACCAUUCUCGGGACGCAAUGGAAAUGGGAUGGGUCGCGGCUUCGUCGGUGGACAUGCGUCGGUCCCUGGGCAUGGUGGAGACAGGUGGGAUCUUGGCCGAGGUCGUCAAUUUCACAGAGGAGGCGAGCACUUCAACAACGUUGGACCCAACAGGUUUCCAGGUAACAAUCGUGGGGGCGGCUGGAGUCAUGCCAAUAAUAGGGCUAGGUGGGGGGAUGAUUUGCGUGCUGGGCAACGCUCUCUCCAGGGGGAUGUAGCCAGUUUCAGUUCAGGACAGGGGUACGGUUCUGCUGUCAGCAAGGUGGAGGGUUCAUCGUCGGGGCCACCAAUGGCAGGUCCAUCGGCUGAAGCUCUUGCACAAGCUGUCGCCCUGAUUAAUCAUGCUCUUGCCAAACCUGCACCUGAAACCGCUCCUGAUGUAAAACCAGUGCCUUUGGGGUCUCAGUUUCUGUCUGAUGCAAAGGGUAAGAAUGUUAUGCAAGGAAAGGGGGAUGGGGAUCAAGGAGUAGUUGGUGAUCUGUUUGGUAAAGGCGGCGGAAAAGAGAAAGCGCCAUAUUGCUGGAGGUGUUUGACGAAGGGCCAUACCAUGCAGGUUUGCACCGCUGAUCUGUGGUGUGACAUUUGUCAGGCUCCCUCUCACAACACUGAACGCUGUCAGAAGUUCCGGGGUACCAAACCAGCAGCUCUCACGGCUGGCUAUGCAGUGGAUGGGCUGGGGUUCUUUUAUAUACCCCAUACUUCUUCUACCAAGCAGCCUGCAGACUCCAGGUUGGCUAGUAUAAAAAUUGAUGGAGGGUGCUUAUCAGUUCCUCAAGUGGUGGCUGAAUUGGAGAGACUUGAAUCAUAUGAUUGAGUGGGGGGUGGUGCAGACGAAGUUCAAAGCUUCGAUGACAAUAGAAGAGAAGUCGGGGCCUAAAGAGGUUAAGGCUACUUUACCAAAAGUCUGGAUCCAAUUCACAGGCAUUCCAAAUGACAUGAUGGAAUUCUUGCUAAUUUGGGCGGUUGGAUCUAUUUUGGGGGUAACAAAAACUGUUGAUAUGAAGUUUACCAACCAAUAUGGUAUUUGUCGUCUUCAAGUGAUGGUGUUGGACCCUUUGCUGAUCCCGCAGUUCAUUGAGGUGGUGAUUGGUGAAUGUUUAUUUGAGCUGCAAUUUCGGGUUGAAGAAAACAUGGAUGGUGACAGCCCAGUUCCAGUGGAUAUGGAUGACUUUAGCUGUGGGGAAGACGAAAAUAAGUCGGAUCAAUUAGAGGAUGUGGUUCGUGGGGGUAAUUCUCUGCCCCCUAAUAAUAGUGCUCCAGAUAGUGGCAAAUCUGUUUCAAAGGGUGCUGGUAAUGAUGGUAAUACUGGUAAAAAGGGAGCGGCGCAUGAUGUUAUUAGCUCGGUAGUCCAGUAUGCUGAUUUGGGUUUGGGUAUGCAAGGUGUUGAUCAUGCUGGUAAUCCCACUCAAGCUGUUGUGCCAGCAACCUCGUCGUGUAUGGCUGUUUCGGUGCCGUGUACUCCGGAUGUGGCAGCUAUGGCUGCUGUUCCAGAAGCAACUAUGGGGCUAACCGAGUCAGGCAGGAGCAAAAGAAGAAACAGGAGCGGGAAUGGGGACAGCAUGCAAAGAGCUUCAAAGUUGAAGGCUGCUCGCAAUUUAGAUGCGGUCCUCUCUACAGGUUCUUUUUAGAGGUACACACUGGCUUAGAUUCUGGGCCCAGCUACAAAAGGAUGAAGCUGAUGGAGUUUUAAUAAAGAAUGUCUGUCGUCGCCUGGAAUCGGUGGCCAUGCAAUUUUGUGUUAAUUUUGGUUGGAGGUUUUCUAAUAGGAUUGCCUUGUAAUCAUCUCACUGGUUUUAUUAAGUUUAAAGAACCUUUAGUGUGUUAGUGUGUGGCUGUGUGGAGGGGUAUGUCCCUUCAUUGAGCAGUGUGAUAUAACAAUUUGUGUUGGCUCUAACCUCUUUUGAGGGGAAAGCCGGAACUUUCUCUCCAUUAUCAAAAAAAAAAAAUCAAUACCCUUCA